UUCUUCUCUAUUCCCCAAUACCCCUUAUUUCCUACUCCUCCCUCCCCCCUUUGUUUGUCAAACGACUUAUAGAAAACAGCACAACGCAAUGAUACCACCUAGCGCAUCGCAACCUGUCCGUGAUGAAGAAUCCGUCGAGCAAAAGCAUGCUUCACUGUGUAAAACAAUCACUCCCUUCGAUCAAGUUGACAUUGGCAACCGCAUCCCGGAAUUGCCAUCCGAUCUUCAGGAUGUUAAAAGCAUCUUAAUUACUGGUGGUGCAGGCUUCAUUGGAAGUUUUCUUGUCCGUAAAAUGGUCGUUCUUUAUCCCGAAUAUCAUAUCUAUGUGGUCGAUAAACUUGAUUACUGCGGCUCGUUGCAUAACCUCAAAGCCGUCUCCGAAUUUCCAAACUAUACCUUCAUCAAGGGAGACAUCACCUCGUCGGAUUUCAUGGCGUUUGUGCUCAAAGAAAAGAAGAUCGAUGUGAUAUUCCAUUUGGCAGCACAGACCCACGUGGAUAACUCUUUUGGGGAUUCUUUUGAGUUCACAAAAAACAAUGUGAUGGGUACACACGUCAUGCUUGAAGCUGCCAAAGUGCAUAAUGUGAAGCGGUUCAUUCAUGUCAGCACCGAUGAAGUCUACGGUGAAGUCGUCAGCCGACCGGAUUGCAGGGAAGACUCGAUUCUGGCACCUACCAAUCCUUAUUCUGCUACCAAGGCUGCUGCAGAAUGUCUGGUUAAGGCAUAUCACCACUCGUUCAACCUGCCCAUCAUGAUUACCCGGUCAAACAACGUGUACGGUCCUUACCAAUAUCCCGAGAAAAUCACAUCAAAGUUCAUCUGCAGUUUAUUACGGCAUGGCAAAUGCUAUAUCCAUGGUGACGGACACAAUUCUCGAAAAUAUCUGUAUGCGGGCGAUGUGGCCGACGCAUUAGACACCAUCUUCCAUCGGGGCGAAGUGGGUGAAACAUACAACAUUGGCAGCAACUUUGAAAUAUCAAAUCUUGAGUUUGCUACCCGCCUGAUACGGAUAUUCGGCUACAAGAUGGAAGACCACGUUGAAUUCGUUCAUGAUCGGGCGUUCAAUGAUAGACGAUAUGGCGUAGACUGUUCCAAGUUAGAAGGGUUAGGGUGGAAACCCAAGAUGGAUUUUGAAGGUGGACUGCGAAAGACAAUCGAGUGGUACAAGCAUCGCACAGUUGAAUGGUGGGGAGACAUAUCCGGUGCAUUGAUUCCGCAUCCGUUAAAAGCAUUGCCACCCCCGGUCUGA